AUGCCAGCCAGGGUGCCUCCCGGGGAGGUGGAGACACGUGACCAUGCCAUUAGCAUCCUGUUCGGCUUUCGGAUGAGUUUCAUCUAUGACACCUACAUAGUCCUCACUUGGAACAAGAGGAUUAAAAGAGGCCCUGGUGCUAGCUCCUCUUCUGAUUAACCACACCUCGGCAUACAGCGAAGCAGAAGGCAAAGCUGCACAAUCGAGGCCCAAAGUCAGGUGCCAGAAGCAGCCCCGAGUUUUGUCCUAUUGCCAAUCCUACCUCCGGGCGUCAAGGUGUAUGGAUCGGGGAAAGGUAUGGUAGAGGUUCAACAUGGAAGAGAUAUCGGGGAUCAGCGACAGGACGCAGAAUGA